AUGAAGGCUGCACGUCGCAGGGAGUCUAAGGAGACCAUCACCAGUGAGGCACCGAGUGGCCGAUCAGCUAAAGCCAGGGGGCUGGAACAAUCCCAGCUUCCAGAGCUGCAGGAGAUCGAGCCAAGGCCAGAUGCCUUGAAGAGCUCACGCUCCACCGAGGCUUUGACCACAUGGCGUUCGUCAGCUUCACGUGCUACGCGCGCCUCGCGGGCAUCAACCUGUGACAGUGGCAAAGUUGAGGCAAAAAUGAUGGACUUAAUCCAGAAGUGCUUGGACAAGAAAGUACUGGAGCUGGGACAGCUGCGGGCCCCUGUGAGUGAGAUGGCCAGCGCACGCUCCUCCGCAACCUCACUGACUCAAACCACGCAGCCUGAGGCCCCUUCCCAUGUGGAGACUGAGACCAGCGUCAAAGCUGAGCCUCAGCCAGAAGCCGUUACCAUGGCCGGCAAGCGCGCCCAGGCACAGAAGCUCUCUGAUGCUUCCCUGGGGAAGUUUGAUGAUGACCAGUCCCGCCUGGCAUACCUUGAAAUGCAGAAGAGUGCUGCAGAGGCCCGCAACAGGAACCGUUCGGCCUUGAGUUUUGGCUAUGAGCCCCCCUCCCGCACACCUGACGCGGGAAAGGACCAAACCAUGGCCGGCAAGCGAGCUCAAGCGCAGAAGCUCUCGGAUGCUUCCCUGGGGAAGUUUGAUGCCGAUCAGUCCCGCCUCGCAUACCUUGAGAUGCAGAAGAGUGCCGCAGAGGUACGCAACAAGAACCGCUCCGCCCACUGCUUCGAUAAGGCGGAGGCUGCGCAGUACCCGGCCUUGCUGCGUGAGGUGGAAGGGCUAGCAGAAAAGAAGGGGGUGACCCAGGCCACCAUGGCUGGCAAGCGUGCAAAGGCCCAAAAGGUUUCGGAGGCAACGCUCGGAAAGUUCGAUGCCGACAAGUCUUUGGGCGCCUACCUUGACAUGCAGAAGAGUGCAGAGGAGCUGCGCAACAAGCACCGUCUCGGGCAGGGCGUGUUCUGA